AUGUCGUUGGCAUGGUUGGCCGCUAACAAGAAGAAAGGACUGCAGGAGGUGUUCUCCUGGAAGACGGUGGACUUCGACUACCCCAGUCACCAGGCCCGAGACCUUGCUCGGGCCCAUGGGCAGUUUCACCCCCCGGACGUCCUGCCGCUGGGACUGGAGCGUGUCGACGACCGUCUCUUCAUCACCCUCCCGCGAUGGAAGAAAGGAGUUCCGGCCAGCCUCACCACCGUCAACCUCAACUCCGGCCAGCGAUCGCCACUCCUCAAGCCGUAUCCCGACUGGGCCUGGCACAACGGAGACUGUAAUGGCAUCACCUCUGUCUUCAGAGUGGCCCUAGACGAAUGCGGGCGCCUCUGGGCCAUAGACUCCGGAGUAGUGGAGCUAGUCACCUCGGUAAAGAGGGCUUGUCCUCCGCAGAUCCUCGUUUUCGACACUAAGACGGACAAAUUGUUAUUUCAGUACAAGAUUCCUAUGGGACAGGUGCCGGCAGGAUCAUUAUUUACCAAUAUAGCCGUCGAAGUUAUGGAUACCUGCCAAGAUACGUUUGCAUAUGUCAGCGAUGUAUUUCGUUACGGGAUCGUCGUUUUCAGUCUGAGAAAUAACCGUUCGUGGAGAGUUGAACAUCCUUACUUUUACCCUGACCCAUUAAAGUCGAGAUACGACAUUGAUAACAUAAAGUUCACAUGGAAUGAUGGUAUAUUUGGCAUUACAAUGUCACCCAGAGACGUAACUGGGAGAAGGUAUUUGUUCUUUCAUCCAUUAUCCAGUUUCCGAGAGUUUCAUAUUGACACAUUGAUGCUAAAAAACGAAACCUUCGCUAAAAGAGCAGAUGAAAUGAUGAAACUCUUGGGAGAGGAGAGGAGGGUAGACAGAGGACAUGCUGCUGGUUCAUCGAUGGAUAGAAACGGGGUUCUCUUCUACAAUCUCGUGUCCCUUUCUGCAGUCGGUUGUUGGAACUCAAGGUUGCCACAUUACCCCGAAACACAAGGAAUAGUAGAAAUGAAUAAUACGACGCUUUCCUUUCCUAAUGAUUUAAAAGUUGACAAAGAACCCAUUCAAAGAUUGUGGGUAUUGAGCAACCGAUUACAUAAAUAUUUGUAUUCUAAGCUUGAUCCUUCUGAUGUAAAUUUUAGGGUAAUGACAAUGCCUGUAGAUGAAGCUGUGAAAGGAACGCCUUGUGAAGAUUCAUUUGUCUUACCACCUAGGAGAACUGGAAAGUGUUAUGGAUCAUAG